UGCAGGCAGGAGAAGGCGUGACCUGAAUGGAGAAUGCCAGCCAACUCCCCAGACACACACAGGGCUCUCAGAAAACAAAGAUAAGACAUAGAGUGGAGCCCAGGAAAGCCAGCCCCAGAACUGACACUAGGGAAGAGAUCCUGCCAAAAUAAGGUGCCGGGUAGAAUCUAAAUAGCAGCUAAGGCAGAAACAUGAGGGCGUUCCUGCUGUCCUUUUCCCUGUAUGUGUGUCUGCUGAGAGUGUCCACCAACAUCGUGGAACUGAACGACAUGUUUGGGGAGAUCCAGUCCCCCAACUUCCCUGAUUCCUAUCCCAGUGACUCCGAAGUCACCUGGAACAUCACAGUGCCAGAGGGCUUUAGGAUCAAGCUGUACUUCAUGCACUUUGACCUGGAAUCCUCCUACCUCUGUGAAUAUGACUAUGUGAAGGUAGAAGCUGAGGACCAGGUGCUGGCUCUCUUCUGUGGGAGGGAGACCACAGAUACAGAGCAAGCCCCCGGCCAGCAGGUGGUCCUUUCCCCAGGCCCCUUCAUGGCCUUUACUUUCCGAUCAGAUUUCUCCAAUGAGGAACGCUUCACUGGCUUUGAUGCUCAUUACAUGGCGGUGGAUGUGGACGAGUGUACAGAGAAGAGUGACGAGGAGCUGGCCUGCGAUCACUACUGCCAUAACUACAUUGGAGGGUAUUACUGCUCCUGCCGCAUUGGCUACAUCCUCCAUACAGACAACAGGACCUGCAGAGUGGAGUGCAGUGAUAACCUCUUCACCCAGAGGACGGGUGUGAUCAGCAGCGCCGACUUCCCCGGCCCGUACCCCAAGAGCUCUGACUGUCUCUACAGAAUCAAACUGGAGGAUGGUUUUGUCAUCACUCUCCAGUUUGAGGAAAGCUUUGAUGUUGAAGACCACCCCGAGGUGUCCUGUCCCUAUGAUUACAUCAAGAUUAAGGCUGGGCAGAAAGAGUUUGGCCCUUACUGUGGAGAGAAAUCCCCGGGACGCAUCGACACCCAGAGCAACAGCGUCCAGAUUCUGUUCCACAGUGACAACUCAGGGGAGAAUGGAGGCUGGAGGCUUUCCUACACAUCUGCAGGGAACCCGUGCCCCGCCUUGCAGCCCCCUGCCAAUGAACUCGAUCCCUUGCAGGCUAAAUAUACCUUCAAAGACCAAGUGCUCAUCAGCUGUUAUACUGGCUACAAAGUAAUCAAGGACAACCUAGAGAUGGACACAUUCCAGAUCGAGUGUCUGAAAGAUGGAACGUGGAGUAACAAGAUCCCCACCUGUAAAAUUGUAGACUGCAGCACCCCAACAGAGCUGGAGCACGGGCGCGUCACCUUUGCCACCAAGAACAACAUCACCACGUACAAGUCCGAGGUCCGCUACUCCUGCCAGCCACCUUAUUACAAGCUGUUUCCCAACAUUACAGGCACGUACACCUGUGAGGCCCAAGGCAUCUGGAUGAAUGGAGAGUUGGGGAGAAAACUGCCCACUUGUCUACCAGUGUGUGGUCAGCCCUCCCACUCUCUGCCCGCCCUGGUCAAGAGGAUCAUUGGGGGCCGGAACGCUGAGCCGGGCUUCUUCCCUUGGCAGGCUCUGAUAGUGGUGGAAGAUACCUCCCGGGUACCCAAUGACAAGUGGUUUGGGAGCGGGGCCCUCCUCUCAGAGUCCUGGGUCCUGACGGCAGCCCACGUGCUGCGGUCCCAGCGAAGGGACAACACCGUCAUCCCCGUCUCCAAGGAGCACGUUACUGUCUACUUGGGCUUGCAUGACGUUCGGGACAAGUCCGGCGCCGUCAACCGCACCGUGGCCCGUGUAAUCCUGCACCCCGACUUUGACAUCCAGAACUACAAUAACGACAUUGCCCUGGUCCAGCUGAGGGAGCCCGUGCCCCUGGGGCCCCACAUCAUGCCCGUCUGCUUGCCCGGGCCAGAGCCCGAGGGGCCACUGCCCAACACCCUGGGCCUGGUGGCCGGCUGGGGCAUCUCCAACCCCAAUGUCACCGUGGACGAGGUCAUCAGCAGUGGCAUGCGCACCCUGUCGGACAUCCUGCAGUACGUGAAGCUGCCUGUGGUCCUCCAUGCGGAGUGUAAGGCCAGUUAUGAGUCCCGAUCUGGCAACUACAGUGUCACAGAGAAUAUGUUCUGUGCAGGAUAUUAUGAAGGAGGCAAAGACACCUGCCUGGGAGACAGUGGGGGAGCCUUUGUCAUCCAGGACCCUCAGAGCCAGCGCUGGGUGGCCCAAGGGCUUGUGUCAUGGGGCGGCCCUGAAGAGUGUGGCAGCAAGCAGGUGUAUGGCGUCUACACCAAAGUCUCCAACUAUGUGGACUGGGUGUGGUCCCAGCUGGGCUCCCCUCAGGGCCAGGUGGAGGUAGAAGUGGAGGCGGAGCGGUGAAGCCGCCUCCCAGCCUUUCAGUGGUCCUAGCUGGUGCUGGUCCUGAGAAGUCUUCUCUCAUCUCCCCAUUUGGUUCCAUGAGGAAAACAAGAUGGUGCACCCCCACCACAUCACUCCAUGCCCUUCUCAGCUGGGCUUCCUCUGCAGACACGGAAUCAGGAUCCCGAGUGCCCACCUUCCUCUGACCAGAUGGGAUCUCUCAGAAGCCCAGACGUUCAGGAGCCCUCGCAGGAUCUACCGCUUGGCACCCAUUCUGGGGCAUGGGUCAGUGCCCUUUGGCCAGCUUUCCCUCUGUUCUACCAUCUAAUGGUUCUUUAGGUUCCGAGCCACUUGGGAGAAGGAGGGCAAAGGUCCAGAUUUCCUAAGACACCCAUGUAGAGUAGUUCAGAACUCAGCAAGGAAGCUAGAGGCCCCUCAUCUGCCCUUGGCCCUAUGCCCCCAGGUAGACCUUUGCCCCUGAAUAGCCAUAUGGGACCCAGGCUGGAAUAGACGUCCCCAGUGCACUCCUCUCCUAAGCCACCCUAAAGUUCAAGAUCACAGGCAUAACCCCUCGAGGACAUUUCUAAACAGAAAUAGCCCUGGGUAAUGCCAAGAUACUGGCAGCGUCCAGCGCUGAGAGGCCCGUCCAGCACACUUUCACCCCAGGCCUCCGUCAGCUACACACAGAUAUGGGAAAAGCAACUCUGGCCAAUAGAGGAUGCAUGGGGCGCCACUUCCGAUGCCUCCCCAGCUCUCGUUCACCAGCAGCCAAGGUUCACAUCUUCCUCAGGGCCUGGCAGCACCCUCCAUCUCCUUUGCCUGCCUCCUGCCAAACUCUUCUGUGAAAUGAGGGGCCAGGGUCUGGUCCUGCUGGCGUCCCUGCUUCUGACCACCUGUGGGAGUGUCACAAGCUUCUUGACCCCAUCAUCUGUAAAAUCAGAAGUUUGGACCAGAAGACCUACUUUGGAGGUGCCUCCCAGAGCCCUCAUGGACUCUGAGUCUCGUGCCACAUGGAGCUCUCACAGUCCUCACAAAAGUGCCAACCUCUGAUCUCCACUGAGAGCAAAGACCAGCCCAGCCCUCUUACCUGGGGAGGGUGGGUGUUCAGAACCAUCCCCUGCUUUCUGAGCUGCACUCUCCCAGCGUCUCUUCUCAGGCCUCCCAUUUCUCAUUUGGCCUUCUGACCUUGGUCUCAAUCCUCUCCAGGAAUCCAGAGCUCCAGACUGUCCAGUGAGCUACCAUCAUGGAAAGGGGUUGGGGGUCCCUCUGUGCUUCCCUGCUCGUAUCCCUGCCAGAGAAUGCAGACAGAGACCAUAGGCAGGAGGCUCCCAUAAGACCAGCAGGAAAACGCCCUGCUGACCUUCUGAGCAUGACAAAUAUCCGACUUUUCUCUGUGCCUGAGCUGAAGGUCCUGCAUAUUUUAUAUUCCACAGCAUAAGCUUCACCAGGUCUGUGAGGUACUUCGGUUCCCACUCCCCUCCUUUCCUCGGGGACUGAGUUGGGAAUAAAGUCCCUCUGAACAGAAA